AUGAACCGCAAUCCCGAGCUGUUUGAAUCGGCAGUUCCCGAAUGUACUGAGCAUUUAGACCCGAGCAAGCCGACCAAAGAAAUGAUAUUUGAACUGAUAAGACAUAUACGAGACCCUGAGCACUCGUAUUCCCUAGAAGUAUUGAACAUAGUAAAUUUGGACAGCAUCGAAAUAAAGGAAAUACCAACCACGUAUGGAAAAAAUUUGCAGCAGAUUGCUGUGUUCUUCCAGCCAACAAUUCCCCAUUGCUCGAUGGCUGCUAUCAUAGGCCUCUGCAUUUUCUACGUUCUGAAGGCACGGCUUGAGACCUUCUGGGUACGGGUGCAAAUUGUUGAAGAUGCGCAUGUGAACUGGAAAAUGAUAAAUAAGCAGUUAGAUGAUAAGGAUAGAACGAAUGCAGCGUUCGAAAAUGUAUCCAUUUUAAAUGUGAUAAACGAUUGUGUGGGGUGGAGCAACGCAUAGAGGGCCAUUCAACGAGAAAUGUAAAAACGCGCAUUCUUCGUGAAUUCUUGAUUUAGGUAAAACAGACAGGUUGAUUGCUGAUCGAUAAUGAAGAAUUAUACGUGUUCAUGAAUGACAACUGCUGCUGCAUUCUACCAGGUCGAUUGCCGCAUAGAUACAGGAUCAAAAUCAUGCCGAGUAUGUGAGAUUGUUUGGUUGUUGGUACAUUAAUUAAAUCGAUG